AUGCGAACGGUAACUCGAAUCAAGGCUGAAGCUCUGCGGGCCCCACUCUCCUCUCCAAAGCGUAAGAAACUGGAUUUCUCGGGCGAAGCUGGGAAGCGCAUGACCGCCAAGACGAGGCUGCUGCGUUACGACACGUUUGCGUUGGCAGCAUUGCGGCGCAAAGUGCACAGCUAUUUCAUGCGCAAUGAACUGCCUACGUCCGAGAAGCUACGCAAUGACGUGAUCAGCGACCCUGACAUGGACAUGCCGACGAUCAGCACUCGCACGAUGCAACGAAUGCUGAACGACUUGGGUGCGGAAGGCUUUGUUGAUGGAGCCGCCCUAGUGUUUCGUGCCAAGAAGGGCGCUGGUGAUUACCACACAGAAAUGGAUGCUCCGCGUUUUCAAAACUGGUUUGUUGAACAGUUGCUACCGAACAUCAAGCCACGCAGUGUGAUUGUGAUGGAUAAUACGUCGUGUCACAGUGCUCAAGUUGAAAAGGUGCCAAGUUCAUCAUCAAGAAAAGCCGACAUCCAGUGCUGGUUGAAAUCGAAAAGUAUCCCUUUUUCGGAUGACCAACUGAAGAGCGAACUGCUGCAGCUCGUUAAGCAGCAUAAGCACAUGUUCCUUGCUUACCAGAUUGACACACUUGCCAGCGCUGCCGGUCAUGAGGUUGUGCACUUGCCUCCUUACCACUGCGAGCUCAAUCCAAUAGAGCUCGUGUGGAGCCAGGUCAAAGGCUAUGUUGCUUCGAAGAACACUGACUUCAAGAUCGAUUCAGUCGAGAAGCUGCUGCUGGAAGGAAUCGCAGGUGUGACCCCGCAGAACUGGUUCCGAGACUGCACUCAUGUGAUAAGGCUUGAGGAUGAGGCAUGGGAGCGAGAUGGCAUUAUAGACAGCCAAAGAGAAAGUCUCAUAAUUUCUUUGGGCACAGAUUCGAGUACUUCUGAUGAGUCGAGCAGCUCUGACAUGAGCGGAAUUGAUGAACUGUCAUGA